AUGGGAUACGACCCGAGCCGGGUGGCCCACAGCCUGCGCCUGACGCCCACCACGCUGGGGAAGGGGCCCCGGGAGGCCGCGCUAGCGGCUGCGCUAGAACACCGAGCUGUGGGCAGAGGCGGGAGGGGCAGUACGCCCCGGGUGUACCCCGCGGGCGCUGCGCGGGGGCGCAGACCGAAGCGGGAACGUUCCGGAACCCGGAUGCGCGGCCGUGGGUGGCGAGAGCUUGGGGUCCGGCAGAGACCCCGUGCAGAGAACAGCGGUCACCGACAAGGCAGGCCCCUCACGCUUAAGAGUCGCGGGCUGGUUCGAGAACCAUACGUAGCAAGCGCGGCGGCAGCGGCAGCUGCAGGGUCGGAGGGCGUGUGCAGCUCCCGCUGGCAGCUCGCAGAGGGGACCCGCGGUGCUGCCCUGCUGCAGCGGCUGCCUGGCCAGGGUGCUGGUCCCCUCGCUGGCUGCCGACCGCAGAGAGCAGGGCUGUCGAGGGGGCGCGGCGCGGCCGCCUUAAGGAGGGGGCGUGGCGUGGCGCGCAGGGGGGCGUGGUUAGGAGAGGGGGCGUGGCGGCCCGUCUGCGCAGCUGCCAGAGCCUUUAAGCCCGGGCUCGCGCGGCCGGAGCGUGCUUUCGCCGCCUGGGAGCCUUCCGGUCCAGCGGUCCGCCAGGUCCCCGCGGUUCCCGCCCUCUUUCAUCCCGGGAGACGGUUCCGUGAGGAGCCGCGCGCUGUGCAUUCGGGCAUGCCCCGCUACGAGCUGGCUUUGAUUCUGAAAGCCAUGCAGCGGCCUGAGACCGCUGCUGCUUUGAAGCGUACCCUGGAAGCCCUGAUGGACCGAGGGGCCGUAGUGAGGAACCUGGAGAACCUGGGCGAGCGCAUGCUUCCCUACAAGAUCUCCGCCCACAAUCAGCGGCACUCCAGGGGCGGGUAUUUCUUGGUGGAUUUUUAUGCACCAACAACAACUGUUGAAAGCAUGAUGGAGCAUUUGUCUCGAGACAUUGAUGUGAUUAGACCGAAUAUCGUAAAACAUCCUUUGACCCAGGAAGUGAAAGAGUGUGAAGGGAUCGUCCCGGUCCCCCUCGAAGAAAAGCUGUAUUCCACCAAGAAGAGAAAGUGAGAAGAUUCACCAGAUUUUAGCCUUCCAUUUAAAUCUCUCCCUUGCGGGUACCAUGGAUUAAUAAUUUACAAGCUUGACCUUUAUAUAACAAGGUGCAGUCAGUGCCGUUUGACUUUUCUAAGGUAUUUUUAGCUCUCGAUCCUCUUUGCUGUGAGAAGUGGGGGAGUGGCUUGCUUAGAGCCACUUCGUCAUCGUGUGUGGUACCAGCAUGUCUCCUUGAUUUCGUCUCAUGAAUGUAAUUUAUUGGGACUUGUUGCCCUGCAACAACACUAACGCCCUUUGGAAGAGUGAAGCAUAUAAAGACUGCCUUGGGUCGCAUGCGCGUCAUUCAGACAGUGUACCGCCCUGUAAAAUAAAACUUUAAGACCAUUGCUUUA